AGAGGGGAUAAGAGAAGAAUGCCUACGGAGGAGUGAGAGGGAGAGGAACAGACGGGAGCCAGGAGGUGUGCUGUGUAACUGCUUCUGAGACUCCAGACUCCUGCAUGCAUCUGCGGUUCCUUUCCUUGGUCUCUGCCAGGAGGCUGCUUAAAAACCCUGAGCCCACAGCUCUAUCCUCCUCCUCUCCUCUCUUUGACACACCACCAAACAGGACUAAGUUCUAUACGCAUCUGCACACCAAAGUUUUCACCACAGCUUUCUUCAAACCAAAACUUUCUACACACCAAAGAUUUCGACAAUCUUUCCUUCAGUCUCCUGGCUCAUAGAGACUCUUCAAGCUCGUAGAGACUCUUCAAGACAGACUGAUUCCGGCUGAGACUUCUUCUAAACCUGAGGACUGUUGGAUGGUCUAUUGUUGUUGCUCAUCUAGCACAUGCAGGUCAUCUGUUAGCUGACUACUCUGACUGGUCUGUGUGAGAGUCUGUGGGUGGCCUGAGGAUUUUGUGCGUCACUGAAACAUUAGUUGGCCUAUUUGGUCUGCAACCUUGCCUUUGUUUCGUUGGCGCAACCAGAGUGACUGAGGAAUCUUCUCUUGCACGGCAGAUAAGGCCUUUUUAGAGCUGGGGUCAGGUUGCACUGCGAGUUCUGGUCCUGGUUCUGAGUGUAGUAAGAAGAUGAGGGGUGCAGUGUUGAGUUUGUGGGUGUCUCUGGCCCUGUGCUGUUGGGUUCUGGGCUGGGCUGGAGGUAUGGAGCGACAGGACACUGCACGUGUCCAGACACAGGUGAGACAGGCUGGACCUGUGGCUCAUGCGAGAGAAGUGGAGGAAGACAGGGAGGAGGUUAUGAAGGACGAACCUGGAGUGGAGGUGGAGGAGAGCAAACCAAAGAAGAAGAAAUCUCCAGAGGAGGUAGAGGCAGCCAGGGCAAAGAAAGCUGCAGAGAGGGAGGCCAAAGCCAAGAAGCAGAAAGCCCCCAAGUCACCGAAAGCCACCAAGGCACCCAAGAAGCCCAAGGCUACCAAGGCACCUAAAGCCACCAAGGCACCCAAGAAGCCCAAGGCUACCAAGGCACCUAAAGCCACCAAGGCACCCAAGGUCACCAAGCCCAAAGCCACGAAGGCCUCCAAGACGACUGGAAGGAAGGACGAGGGGGUGGAGCCGGUGGCCAAAAAACCCACUCUGGAGGAAGAGGAGGAGAAACUGCUGAUUGAGCUGGGCUGGGAUAGAUUGAUUCCACCUGUGACUCCCGAGGAGCCUCAAGAGCCAGGCCAGGUAGACAGGAGACCCUCGGGGCCCACACCUCCCUCUACUGACUCCAAGACUCUGACAGAGCAUGACCAAGAUUACUGGGAUGCCAAGCCUGACAGAGAGAGGACCACCACCGAGGUCAUUAUGUAUGUACCAGAGGAAACCACCGUGCCGCCCAUGCCCUGGUACGAAGAGUAUGAUUAUGCAGAUUUGGCAGCUAAGAAGCUAGAGGAGGAGGCAGAGAAAGCUCGCAAGGAGAAGGAGGAAAAAGUGGAGCGGCUGAGGAAGAUGUGGGAAGAGGAAGAGGCGGAGAGGCUGAGGCAGAUCCCGUUACACGCCGAGUCCAAGAAAUGUCCUCCUCUAGGCCUGGAGUCCCAUCGUGUUGAUGAUGACCAGCUGCUGGCCUCAUCUCAGUCUCACCACGGCUUCUCAGCUCAGAGAGGCAGGCUCAACAUGCAGAGUUCCGGUGAUGACGACGGUGUGUAUGGGGGUGCGUGGUGCGCAGAGCCAGAGGAGCAUAACCACUGGUUUGAGGUGGACGCUCGCAGAGAGGUGGAGUUCACUGGGGUCAUUGUACAGGGCAGGAAUUCAGACUCAGCGGAAGAUUUUGUGUCCACGUUCCACGUGUCCUUCAGUAACGACAGUCGUGAUUGGACGGUGCUCCACGAUGGCUAUGCUGAGUGGUUGUUCUAUGGCAAUGUGGAUAGGGACACUCCAGUGAUGGUGCAGUUUGAUUGGCCAAUCGCGGCACGUUACAUCCGUAUCCUUCCCCAGAGCUGGAACGGUAGCCUGUGUCUCAGAGCUGAGGUCAUGGCCUGCCAACUGCCAAGCAGCUUCCGUAGUGAGAAUGAGGUCCACCCCACAGACGACCUGGACUACAGACACCACAACUAUAAGGACAUGAGACAGAUGAUGAAGGUGAUAAAUGAGGAGUGUCCUAACAUCACAAGGAUCUAUAACAUUGGAAAGAGUUCUGCUGGCCUGAAGAUGUACGCCAUGGAGAUCUCUGACAACCCCGGGGAACACCAGACAGGUGAGCCGGAGUUCCGCUACACAGCGGGUCUCCAUGGCAAUGAGGUGCUGGGGCGGGAGCUGCUCCUCCUGCUGAUGCAGUUCAUGUGUAAGGAGUACAAUGACGACAACCCCCGAGUGCGCCGCCUGGUGGAGGGUGUGAGAAUACACCUGGUUCCCUCACUCAACCCAGACGCCUACGAACUGGCUUACGAGAUGGGCUCUGAGAUGGGGAACUGGGGUCUGGGCCACUGGACGGAGGAGGGAUACGAUAUCUUCCAGAACUUCCCGGACCUCAACAGUGUUCUGUGGGGGGCAGAGGACAGGGGUUGGGUCCCACGCAUUGUACCCAAUCACCACAUCCCACUCCCAGAGAACUUCCUCAAUGGCUCUGUUGCCCUGGAGACCAAAGCUGUCAUUAACUGGAUGGAGCGGACCCCAUUUGUGUUGGGAGCCAAUUUGCAGGGGGGAGAAAAAGUGGUGGCGUACCCGUUUGAUAUGCAGCGGCCUCCAAAGGCUGCAGGGACGUUGGGGUCUCGGCGUGGGUCUCGACCCGGUAUGGACCAUGAGAUGAACGAGGAAACGUGGGCCCGGAUGCAGCGUCAGAACGGGGACGCACUACGGGAGACGGCAGACGACACCAUGUUCCGCUGGCUGGCCAUGGCGUACGCCCACAGCCACUUGACCAUGACGGAGACCCAGCGGGGCUCCUGCCACACCGACGACAUCUCUGGGGGUCAGGGCAUCAUCAACAGGGCCAGCUGGAAACCUGUGGUGGGGAGUAUGAAUGACUUCAGCUACCUGCACACUAACUGCUUUGAGCUGUCCGUCUUCCUGGGCUGUGACAAGUUUCCGCACGAGAGUGAGCUGCCUCUGGAGUGGGAGAACAACCGAGAGGCACUACUGUCCUUCAUAGAACAGGUGCAUCGUGGGAUAAAGGGUAUAGUGAGGGACAUGGAGGGCAAACCUCUGGCCAAUGCCACCAUCUCUGUGGAAGGUAUCAAGCACGACGUCAAGACUGCUGCAGCCGGAGACUACUGGCGGUUGUUGAACCCUGGGGAGUACCGUGUGAUGGCCCGCGCUGACGGCCACACUCCCCAGAUCCGGCUGUGCAUGGUGGGCUACGACUCCGGGGCCACCCCCUGCAGCUUCACACUGGCCAAGUCCAACUGGGAUCGCAUCAAGCAGAUCAUGGACCUCCACGGAAAGAGGCCAAUACGGCUUGUCACCAAGGCACCGCCCCAGGCAGGAAUUGACAUCAGUGGUGGAGCCGUCGGCAGCAUGAACACCACAAAGACGGACACCGGUGGCAGGGUGGCCGACUCCCAGAAUGCUAAGAAUCUCCGCCGCUUACGGAUGAUGCGCCUGCGCCAGCUGCGCCUGCGGAGACUCAGGGCCAACCUCUCCACCACCACGACCGUUGCCACCACGACCACCACACUGGCCCCCACGACGACGGCGGAGCUGGUGACCGAGAGCACUACUUCCUGGUAUGACUCGUGGUUCCCUGUGGAGAGUUCGUACACAGAGCCCACGCAGGCCGAGAUCCUCACAGAAAUCCAGGAGUUAGAGCCCACAGAGGACUACACCUUUGAUUACAAGUUUGAUGAUUACUAAAUUGUAUUAAAUUGCUAAAGUAACAAAUUACAGUUUGUAAAUACACAAUCAUAGCUACAAGGCAUUAUUCAAAUUGUGGGAAAUAAAAAACAACUUUAAUUCUGUCCCGUGCUGAAAGACAAUAUUGUAACUGCAUUUUUGUAGCACUUUUUAUAUUAAAAGAAUAAUACUUUCUUUGUGCUCUUCUAUUCAUGUCUCAUGAUGGUUUUACAUUUAUUCUGAUAUAUUUUUGUGACGCACACACAUUGAUCAGAGAAUAGGUCACGUUCUUUCUGUGCAGAUCAGGGAGUCAAAGGCAUGUUAUUGGUAUUAAUUACUCAAGCAAGCCUACUCUGAGAUAUCCAGCCUUGCUAUUAUGUUGCGGGUCAAUUUGACCCAUUUCCACGUUUGAGUUGUCUAAAAUACUAGUUAACCUCUCUUUUUCUCCAUGAAAUGAAAUGACUUUUCCUCAUUCAGGGUCAUGAACCUCACUUCAAAAUGGGGACACACUGAUGUGUUGUGGAAUGUCUGUCUAGAUUGUGUAUAAAAACAUGAUGUUGGAGGUCAUUUUGACCCGGAGGCUUUCAUGUGUAUAGAUAAAUCCAAAAUAAACAAGUGUAUUUGA